AUGCAGGCGGUAAACCGUAUACGCGGCGCGUUCGCCGUACCCCGAAAGGGCGAGACGUUCGAGCUGCGUGCCGGUCUGGUUUCACAGUAUGCAUACGAGCGGAAGGAAGCCAUCCAGAAGACGAUCAUGGCCAUGACUCUCGGCAAGGACGUGUCGGCGCUGUUCCCAGACGUGCUGAAGAAUAUUGCGACGGCCGACCUGGACCAGAAGAAGCUGGUGUAUCUGUACCUGAUGAAUUAUGCCAAGUCUCACCCCGACCUUUGCAUUCUCGCCGUCAAUACGUUUGUGCAGGACUCUGAAGACCCCAACCCACUGAUCCGCGCUCUUGCCAUCCGCACCAUGGGCUGCAUCCGAGUUGACAAGAUGGUGGACUAUAUGGAGGAGCCUCUGCGCAAGACGCUGCGUGACGAGUCGCCAUACGUACGCAAGACGGCCGCUAUCUGUGUGGCUAAGCUUUUCGACCUCAACCCCUCGAUGUGCAUCGAUAACGGCUUCCUCGAAACGCUACAGGAGCUGAUCGGCGACCCAAACCCCAUGGUCGUGGCAAACUCUGUCCAGGCUCUCUCCGAGAUCAACGAGACCGCCCCCGAGACCCGCGCGCUUGUAAUCACGCCCAACACGCUCAAGAAGCUGUUGAUGGCGCUCAACGAAUGCACUGAGUGGGGCCGUGUCACCAUCCUCAGCACUCUGGCCGAUUACCCUCCCGUGGACAUUAAGGAGUCGGAGCAUAUCUGCGAGCGUGUCGUGCCCCAAUUCCAGCACGUCAACCCGAGCGUAGUUUUAGCCGCCGUCAAAGUUGUCUUCAUCCACAUGAAGGCAGUUAACCACGAGUUGGUGCGGCAGUAUCUUAAGAAGAUGGCACCACCACUAGUUACUCUUGUGGCCUCGGCACCUGAGGUGCAGUAUGUCGCCCUCCGCAACAUCGACCUUCUCCUUCAGGCAAAACCCGACAUUCUCAGCAAAGAGAUGCGCGUCUUCUUUUGCAAGUACAAUGACCCGCCCUACGUCAAGCUACAGAAGCUCGAAAUUAUGGUACGGAUAGCCAACGACCGGAACUUUGAGCAACUGUUGGCCGAGCUGAAGGAAUACGCUCUCGAGGUAGACAUGGAUUUUGUGCGCCGUGCCAUUAAGGCUAUCGGCCAGGUGGCCAUCAAAAUCGAGAACGCCAGCGAGAAGUGCGUCAACACGCUCGUCGAUCUCUUGGCCACCAAGGUCAACUACGUCGUGCAGGAGGUGGUCGUCGUGAUCAAGGACAUUCUGCGCAAGUACCCGGGCUACGAAGGCGUGAUCCGAACGGUCGUGGAGCAUAUCGAUGAACUGGAUGAGCCCGACGCGCGCGGCUCGUUGAUAUGGAUUGUCGGCGAGUAUGCCGAGAAGAUCAGCAACGCCGACGAGAUUCUUUCCAGCUUUGUCGAUGGCUUCAUGGAAGAAUUCACACAGACACAGCUUCAAAUUCUCACGGCUGUUGUGAAGCUGUUCCUCAAAAAGCCCAGCAACAAUCAGGGUCUAGUACAGAAGGUGCUGCAAAUGGCUACAGUUGAGAACGACAACGCAGACAUCCGCGACCGUGCGUACGUGUACUGGCGUUUGUUGUCUGGCAACUUGGAAGAUGCAAAGAAUAUUGUCCUGUCGCAAAAACCGGCGAUCACCACGACCAUGACGUCGCUGCCGCCGGCACUGUUGGAACAGCUACUGGCAGAGUUGUCGACUUUGGCAUCCGUUUACCACAAGCCGCCCGAGUCGUUUGUCGGCAAGGGUCGCUUCGGUGCCGACGAGAUCCAGCGCGCUGCCAUCCAGGAGCAGCGGCAGGACGCUGCUGAUAACCCCAUUGCAGCUUCGGUUGCAGCAGCCACUGCUGCUGCAAAUGGUGGCACUGCGCCUCCGCAGAACAAUAUGGAGAACUUGCUGGACAUUGACUUUGACGGAGCUGCUCCGGCAUCGGCUGAACAGAAUUCGGCAGGUCUUAACACGCCGGAGCGCGGCAGCAGUCCAGCGACAGCGCUGGGUGGAAUCGGUGGUGGCGCGCCACCAGCCGCUGCUGUGCCUGCUGGCGGCAUCGCUGAUAUGAUGGGGCUAUUUGACGCUCCAGCGGCAGGCCAGAACGGCUUCGGCGCCUCUUCCGCAAUAUCGCCACCACCGGGCGCGAAUGCCUUUGGGGGUGUCAACGACAUUAUGGGUGGCUUUGGCGGGCUGGACCUGAGUGGUGGCAGUGGUGCUGCACCUUCACAAGCAACGGGAGGCCAGACUUCUAGUGGUGGCAACGAGGAUUUGUUUGGUCUUCUGUGA